AAUGUGAAUGUAGAACAAGCUUUCUUGUGAUGUCCCGGUUAAACAGAGCUACGUCUCUGUUGAAAUCCUCUCUUCCUGGCAGAGCAGCUGCCGAUUCUGGUGAAAAGAAGCCCCCUGGUAGAUUGAAGCGGAUGUUGCUAUGGUUGUACAACCCAACUGUCCAGGCUGGUAAAGAUUACAAGGAUGUUGUUAUUGAAACAGGAAAGAAAAUGAUCAAGAAACCUGUGAAGUCGACCAUAAUAUUGACUUUUCUGGGGACAUGCACGUAUCUGCGAUAUUUUAAUCCAACUCUGGAGAAUUACAGGGACACUUCCCUUUAUAACCAUCACAAACUGCUCAUGCUCAGUUGGAGAGUUCGGAACAAAACCUCGGACGAGUUCGUGGACACAGUCCGUAAACUAGACCGAGAAGGUCGCCUCGGACACCAGUCCUUCUUCCUGUUCUCUGUGGUAUACAGCGCGCAUGUUAACACUGACUUGUGUGAGUUCAGUAAAACAUACCUAUCCCCUCGGUGGAGUGGGUAUUUGGAUAGGGUGGUGGAUGUGGGGUGCCUGGGCAAGUGGUAUUAUAUGGACAAUGCUAUGUUGGACUAUGAUAUUAAUCAGGAUGAGUGGAAGUAGUGGGUGAAGUAGGGUGGGACUGGUUCAGUUUGUUUGAUGAAGUUUUUUAAAUUGAUGUUUUUAUAUUUAUUUUCGUUUCUAUGUUUAAGUAGGAUUUUUAGGAUAUAGUUGGCGAUAGUAAUUUAUUAAGCUUUAUGUAUUUUUGGAAGAUGUUGGAGGUUGAUGUAUUGUUUGAAAUGAUUGACCACUGACACAUUUUGAUUAAGUUAUUGUUUGAGAAAAAGCUGAGUGCUGGGUAAAACAACUUAAGUGUAUUCAAUUAAUAACAAUGUAUUGUUAGAGAAACUAUUUGAAGAUGAAAUCCAUCGAACAAAACAGUUUACAACUCAAUAUUUAUUAGCAUCGUUUUUUUUGAA